CCAGUAAUUACCUGCAGGAUUCGCCAUGACCCCAGCGCUGAGAGAAGCAGCAACAAAGGGUAUCUGCUUUUCAUCUUUGCCAAAGACCAUGGAAUCUGACAAGAUGCUAUGCAUGAAAAGUCCAAGAACUGUAGAUGAAAAGCUAAAAGGAGACACUUUAUCUCAAAUGCUGGGAUUUCCAACUUCUGAACCUACUCUUAACACUAAUUUUGUUAAUUUAAAACAUUUUGGCUCCUCUCGGUCUUCAAAACAUUAUCAGACAGUUCUUUUAAUGAGUUCUAACUCGACAUUAAAUAAAUUCAAUGAGAAUUAUAAACACAAGGAUUUAGUGGAACCCAGCUGUAAUAAGCUGAAAAAUAUAUUGUGCAAUGGUAGCAACAUUCAGCUUAGUAAUAUUUGUCAUUCUCAUUCUGAAGAAUUCAUCAAAAAAGAACCUUUGUCAGAUACCACAAGCCAGUGCAUGUCAGAUGUACAUAAUAUUUUGGAUUCAAAUAUAACCAAAGAUACUAAUGUUGAUAAAAUGCAACUGCAAAACUGUAAGUGGUACCAAAAGAAUGUGCUUUUAGAUAAAGUGACUGAUGCUGAGGUUAAAAAGGGUUUAAUGCACUGUUCACAAAAGAAAAUAGUAACUUGCAACUCAUACAUACCUGCAAGUUCCUCAACUGUUAAAAAAGAAGAUGAAGUGAAUACUCGUUUACUUCAUUGUGUGAGCAAACAGAAGAUUUUACUUAAACAGGCUAGAAGAACUCAAAAACAUUUGCAGAUGCUCCUAGCAAAGCAUGUGGUUGAGCACUAUGGUCAGCAAAUGAAAUUUUCUAUGAAACAUCAACUUCCCCAAACGAAGACCUUUCAUGAAUCUGCCACUAUUUUGGAUAAUACUUUACCUAAAUGCACUGAAAUUAAACCAGAAGUCAGCAUAUUGACUGCAGAGAAUAAAUUGUGGGCUGAUACAAAAAAUGGUUUUGCACAGUGUACUGCUGCAGAAAUCCAAAGAUUUGCAUUGUCUGCUACUGGGCUGUUGUCUCAUGUUGAAGAGGGUCUGGAUUCUGAUGCGACUGAUAGCAGUUCCGAUGAUGAUUUGGAUGAAUAUACCAUUAGGAAAAAUGUGGCAGUUGACUGUAGUACUGAAUGGAAGUGGCUUAUAGACAGAGCAGAAUUGGCAGCCGAUUGGACAUGGCUUCAAGCCCAGAUUUCAGAAACUAAUACAAAAAUCCAACAACUAACGGAUAUUCACAGGCAAAUUCGUGCCUCCAAGGAGAUAGUGAGCUUUGAAGAAUGCCAACUUCCAAAAGACAUUUUGAAAACACAAAUACAAUUUGCAGACCAACCAGCUUCAUUAAACACUGCAGAGAAUCCUCAGAUUUCACAAGAGAGACAAGAUCCUUUACCAGAACAAGAUUAUGAAAUGUCACCAAGUAGCCCCACACUACUACUUCGCAACAUAGAAAAACAGAGUGCACAGCUGACUGAGAUCAUCAAUAGUUUGAUCGCCCCUCUCAAUUUGUCUCCCACUUCAUCGCCCCUCUCAAAAUCCUGCAGUCAUAAGUGUCUGACUAAUGGAAUUUCUAAAAGUACUUCAGAGAAUUUAGAUGAGCUCUCUUCCUCCAGUAGCUGGUUACUUAAUCAGAAGCACAAUAAGAAAAGAAGAAAAGACAAGACAAGAUUGAAAUCUCAAUCCUUCACUAUCAUGAGUACAGCAGCUCGAACAAGGCCACUUCAGAGUUUCCACAAAAGAAAACUCUACAGAUUGAGCCCUACUUUUUAUUGGACUCCACAGACGACUUCUUCAAAAGAAACCUUUCUUACUACUCAGAUGCCUUGCCUACAGUCAGCUUCAACUUGGAGUAGCUGUGAACACAAUUCCAAGUCUGAAAUAUUAAGAGAACACGUAUCAGAGUUAGAUUCUUCUUUCCAUUCUGUUCUAUCAUUGCCAUCAGAUGUGCCUCUUCAUUUUCACUUUGAAACAUUGUUUAAAAAGACAGAAAUAAAAGGAGAUCUUACUGAAAAUAAAUUUGUAGGAGACUAUAUCAUAUCGCCAUCAUCUGUACAUAAUGCUACUUUGAAUCAGUGGAGAAAUGGGUAUUUUCCUACCUGUAAAUCUCAAAUAAAAUCAGAAUCUGCUGCACAAAUGUUACAAGGAAGAAAGAAAAGGCAUUUGAGUGAAACAGCAUUAGGACAAAGAACUAGAUUUGAAGAAUUUACUUUUCAGCGCACUGACCCAGAAGCGCAUAACAAUUUUACUCCUGUUACUAAUGUGAAUGUUAUGCCAAGACCCCAGACUUCAUCAUCACAAAGUACGGCACGACAAAGAUUGAGAAGUGAAAGCUCUUAUGAUAUAGACAAUGUUGUCAUUCCCAUGUCAUUAGUGGCUCCAGCUAAGUUAGAGAAACUUCAGUAUAAGGAAAUACUUACACCAAGCUGGAGGAUGGUUGUUCUUCAGCCUUUCGAUGAAUGUAAUUUUAAUGAAGAAGAGGUUGAAAAUCUUUCUGAUGAAGCCUUCUUCCUAAGACAUAAAAAAUAUGAAGAAAGAGAACAAGCCAGAUGGUCAUUGUGGGAACAAAGCAAGUGGCAUAGAAGAAACAGCAGAGCUUAUAGUAAACACACUGAAGGACAAGACUUGCUUAUGAAAGAAUAUCGAAAUGACUUUAGUAGUAAUCAACUUUAUACUGCUGGAAGUCCUGCUGAACUGCCUUCAGAGAACUAUGAUAUAAGUGCAUAUGGUUCACCUUGUUUAACUGAAAAUCAAGAAAUCAAGUCUUUGUGGUGGGAACGACGGGUUUUUCCACUGAAAGAUGAAGACAAAGAUGCCUUAUGCCAAGACGAAAAACAUAAUGAGAAUGAAAGAUCAAACCCAGUUUUACCUGGUGAAGUCUUCUGUACCUUUACAUCAGACAAUAGUCACCAUCCGAAAAGUCACACAGAUGGAAUGGAUUAUAGAACCUUUGGUCUGGGACUUACUUAUGUUAAAAAAAACAGAUGACAGGGAUCAAAUUAGAGAAAACUGUCUACUUCAAUGGAAAGGGGAGGGAGGAAGGAAAACCCUCUUCCUAAUCUCUACUUUCAUCCCUCCAGUCACAGACCCAGAGUAAGAGCAUGUAUGC